CUGCAACCUCACUUCUCUUAUGAUUAUAUUUUUUAAAAAACUGUUUUACUUCCUUCCACAGACAAAAUGAGUUUUAAAGACCAAAGACCUAUUAAUAAAUCGUCUCUGUCAGAGUUUCUUCUACUGGAAUUUUCAGAAGUUUGGGAGCUGAAGAUUCUACAUUUUGUUGGGUUCCUUAUCAUUUACUUGGGAAUAGUGGUAGUAAACCUUCUGAUAAUCUCUGCAAUUAUCUCUGACUACUACUUAAAUACACCCAUGUACUUCUUUCUGAUGAACUUGGCCAUACAGGAUGUGGGACAAGUUUCUGUCAUUUUACCCAAAUCCAUGGCCAAUGCCCUCAUGAAUACCACACACAUUUCCUAUUCUGGAUGUGUUGCUCAAGUUCUGGUUCAUGUCUUCUUUUUAGCAUCUUAUGUUUUUCUUCUGACAGUUAUGGCCUAUGAUCGAUACAUUGCAAUUUGCAAUCCCUUACAGUAUGAAAUUGUAAUAACUAGGCAUGCUUGCCUUCAAAUGGUUACUGCUGUAUGGGUUAUUAGCUUGAUCUUUGCAAUAUUACACACUGUAGGGAUAUUUGGAUCCCCCCUUUGCUCUAAUGUUGUCAACCAAUUUUUCUGCGAAAUCCCACACUUACUCAAGCUUGUCUGUUCUGACUUCUACCUGAUUGAAGUUGGAUUUCUUUUACUAAGUGCCAUGGUUUCAAUGAGCUGUUUUGUUUUUAUUAUUAUGACUUAUGUGCACAUCUUCACUGCAGUAAUAAAAAUGCCUUCUGUGCAGAAAAAGCAAAAAGCUUUCUCAACAUGCAUUCCACACCUCACUGUUUUCUCUGUAUAUCUGCUUACUGGUUUCUUAAAUUACUUCAAACCCACCUCUGACCUCCCAUCACAAUUUGAUCUGUCAUUGACUAUGAUAUAUUCCAUUGUUCCGCCCUUGAUGAAUCCAGUCAUCUACAGCAUGAGAAAUAGAGAAAUAAGGACUGCUCUAAAAAAACUGCUGGGAUUGAGAUCUGGUCUCAAUUUACUAAAUUGAAUUCUACGUUUCAAAAAUAUUGUAUUGUGCUAUUUUUAGUUUUAAUAUCAGUCAAGUCCCUCCCUAUGUGAAUUCUGGGAAGAGCUGGAGAUUUUGGAUUUCAUAAUGUGCCAUGUGUAUGUCACCUCACAGUAGAGAUGUGCGUGAAAUUUUUUCCUUUGUUUCCUUCAUGCUAUUGUUUUGUUUUGACCGUUUGUCUACACAAAACUAAUUUUUGUACGAAAUGAUAGACAGUCAUUGUUCUGGCUUUUGUUUUCCUUUUGUUUGGGCCCUGUAACAAUAAGCAGCAGGUACUGAUACAGGUCUGUUUUCCCAUUACAGCUGAUGUGUACCAAUGGGUGUUAAUAAUAAUAUUAAUAUAAAUAACAAUAGUUACUAUGGUACCCUAAGCUGAGUCUGAUAGUGCUUCCCCAUUACAUCUGAUAUGUGCCAAUGUUACUCUGGGACCCUAAGCUGAGUCUGAGAGGGGAGCUUCCCCACGACAGCUGAUGUGCGCCAAUUGGUGUUAAUAUUAAUAUCAAUAUUAAUAACAAUUGUUAUUCUGGGACCCUAAGAUGAGUUUGAGAGGGGAGUGCUUCCCUAAGACAGCUGAUAUGUGCCAAUGGGUGUUUAAUAAUAAUAAUAAUAAUAAUAAUAAUAAUAAUAAUAAUAAUAAUAACAACAACAACAACAACAACAAUAACAGUACUCUGGGAAAGACCCAAAUGUUUUAAAAGUUGGUGGGCUAAAAGGGUUGAAAUGCCCUCCGUGUAUGGUGAUUUUACCCCUCUAGCCCAAAAAGUAAGGGGGGGGGGUGAGCCUCGGAAGCCCUCCCAUUGCAGCCAAUGGCAUGAAAAUUUUUGUGUUUUUCGUUAGCCAGACAAACAUUUGUGUCUUAUAGGUGCCCCAUUAUCAUUAGCGGGACAUGAAUACAAAAAUGAGAUGGUACAAAUAAAACUACACAAAACAAACAGCAAUUCCACACGAACACACAACACUAUCUCACAUUAAUCGACAGUUACCAGAGAAGAGGUAAAAAUCAUAUGCAUUAUUGAAGAAUUGUGCUGUCAAUAUUUUGAAUUCAAAUGUAAGAUUAAUAAAGACAUAAGUAAACCCCUGGGGGAUGUUUUGAUGGACAUUAAACAGUGAUUUUGCCUGAUCAUGCAUCAGUUAAAAAGUAAAAAAAGAAUAUUGCAAUGUAUCUCAACAUGGUACAUGAGGUUUCAUACAUCUUGCUGUAUUAUGUGUGUCCCUUUUUAAGCAAUACUAAAUGCAGGUGUUUAGUAAAUGUGUACUAGGACACUUUAUCUACUUUAUCCUUUCAAUAUGGAGCCAUGCUGUUGUGAAUGUUCUUUUUUGAUUGUUUAUUCAAAAUGGAUUGGUUUAGUUUCUGAUUAAAAUUGCAUUUUAUACAUGCUAACUAGAUUUAUUGUCUAUUCAUCUGCUAAUCUGCAUUCAUUGGUAGAAAUGGCUGUUGGUUCAAGCAGUCCUGUUCCACUAGGUCUUCUGGUGACUUAACAAUAAGCACAUGUAAAUAGACGACAAUACAAGCCUUGGCUGUGGGGAGGAAAGUGCCCCACAUCUCUGAUUGCUUGGUUACCAAGGUAUAGGAAGCAAUUUAUGCAUGUUAUUGUUUCCCCAGAUCAUUUUUCUCUCCUAACUGAAGUGUCCUAGAAGGUGACUAUACAAAAGGGUUUCUCCAGAUCUAAAAUGCCCUGUGAACACCAGAAAUGUGCUUUCUCCACCAUUUGGAGAACAGAAAUCAGUUUGAGGUAUAAACGUAAAUGUGACUCUCAAAGGUUCUUUCUCAUCGACUCCCAUAGUUCUUUUUAAGUAAACUACUGUAAUGUGCUCUGCAAGUUGUCCUUGAAGUAGACCUGGACACUUCACCUAGAGGAAAUUGCAACAACUUAACAGCUGAUUGGCAUACCAAAUAGGCAACAUAUAUUAUCAGUUUUAAAAAUGGAAUUACUGCUAAUAUGCUUCCAGCCUGAAUUCAAUAAUAAUAAUAAUAAUAAUAAUAAUAAUAAUAAUAAUAAUAAUAAUAAUAAUAGUGCGGUUUUCUGGCAUUGUAUAUUUCUGCCGCUUCUGUGACUGUUCAUUUGUAUUUUGAUUCCAUAGCCCACUUGUCGAUGGAUGUCCAGUGUGACGGCGCGAGUGGCGCCAUCUAUAUGUCAAACUAUAAGUUUCAAGAUUUGAAUUGUUGUAUCAUGCCUGAUUUUGCCCUUACCCUGUAAAUGUAGUUGGAUUGGUUAUUUAUAUCUGUCAAUCAAUGUUGUUUGUACCUGUUAUAUUGCUCACUCAGCUAAACUGUUUGGCUCCACCUCUUCCUGGAGUAGGACUGUGUUUCCUCCUUUUCAUUCCACUCUAUCGGAUGGACGUGAAAGAGAGGCUUGGCUCUGAAAGCCCUUCAAAAGUUACCUCUCAGCACCAAUUCUGAGGUUCUUACCCUUGGGACUCACACUUCAUGUUCAGGGCCAACCUGAACAACGUUGAGGAGUCUCAAGCGGCUUCACAUCAGUCCUUUGGCAACAGAGGAAGACUCUUGUCUUCAGACAUAGGUCAUUGGACUGAGGCUGAGUUUGCUCCGGCAUUCACAGCCAGAGAAAGAGGGAUCUGGACAAGCUUCAUGGACUUAAACAAUCAAAGACUGUAAUGUAUAUUUUCUUUUACCCCCUUUGUGAAGAAUAAACCCAGUUUUUGAGUUAACUACAGUGUUUUGGUCCUUGGGAGUUCCAGUUUCCCUAAAGGAGGGCAAGAAGCAAUCCCCUGGGGAAAGAUGUCACGUCCAUGCCUCUUUCACUAAGAGUUUACAGCCCCAGGCGCGACGGCACAUCCAGAAUCAGCAGCGGUCCUUUUUAUCCUGGGCGACGACCGAGCCAGUAUAGACUUCAUUUUGUUUUGAUUCUCCAUAAUGCUAGUGGGUU